AUGGAGACUCGCGCACAUCCAUCCACUACAGGUGCACUGCGAGUGCGAGUGACGACACUCAAAGCCCCAGAGACUACCAGGACUUCUCGCGUGCGAUUCGCGCCGGUCACCCCCCUGCAACGGCUCCAGAAGCAGCGCGACCGCAUCGUCCGUUUGCAGCGCAGAUGGGAGGGCAUCAAGACCGACCUAUCUCCCCAAUUCUCUCGUAAACACAUCGGGAUGAUCUCCAUCGGUGGUGUAAUAGGCACCGGUCUUUUCCUUGGAUCAGCAGACGCUCUGCGCAAUGGAGGCCCCAUAGGGGAGAUGUUAGCCUACUUUCCGAACGUCGGUGGGGUCAUUGGCCUCGCCGAUCUCUACGUAGAUCCCGCUCUCGGGUUUUCACUGGGAUGGGCAGCUUGGUACAACUGGAGCAUUACAUUGCUGGAGAUCACUGCAGCAGCGGUUGUCCUCGGAUACUGGGAGAGCACGGCGAAGAUCCCAGUUGCAGCCACAUCUAUCGUCUUCCUCAUUUGUGCGCUCCUAGUCAACUUUCUGCCUCCUAAGCACUAUGGCGAAAUCGAGUUCUACUUGUUGUGCUUCAAGGUGCUCACGAUUGUUGUCAUUAUUGUUAUCGGUCUACUCAUAGACUUUGGAGCCUCUCAUCAGGGGCCCAUUGGGUUCAGGUACUGGAUCGAACAGCCCUUCCCUCCGGCCUACCUCGGUAUCAAGGGUGCAAAGGGGCACCUCCUGAGCUUUUGGGCGGUCAUCAUGCAGGCCUCUUUUUCAUUCUUCGGCUCUGACGUCCCUGGCAUCCUUCCCGAUCUUCUGAAUGCGGCGAUCCUAGUAUCGGCGCGGUCCGCCGCGGCCUCCGACAUCUAUGUCGGUAGCCGACUCUUAUUCUUCCUCGCACGCAAGGAUCUUGCGCCGUCCUGCUUUGCGCACCUGUUCAGAUUCAACAAGGCCCGCACCGUACAGGAGAAGUGCGAACACGAGCGCGCUGCUGAGAAUGCAGAUAUCAGUAGCGACGACGAAGGGUCCGUGGCGGAAGAACCGCGCGAGAGCCCAAGCCUGGAAGACGGCCUGGGUCCUGUAGCAAAUGACUGUGACCCGAACUCGGAUAAGGAGUUUGUGUAUGUGCUGCCACUCGCGGGGGUGCUUGCAACCGCCUCAGUGGGGUUCUUGACAUUGUUGAGUUCUACAGCGGGAAGUGCGAGUGCAGCAUUCCAGUGGCUCGCCGCUGCCGCUAGCGUAGCAUGCCUUCAGUCCUGGACAGGCAUGCUAUACACAUACAUCAGAUGGCAUCAAGGGACGGUAUACGCGGAGAAGAAGUGCGCUGAUAUGCCGGAAGACGAAGCAGAGACCGUCAGGGAACAAAUCAAGGAGAUCAAGAAAAACAGGCAGUGGGGUCAACCAUACCUCGCAUGGUAUGCGUUCUCGCUAUCGAUUCUAGUGCUCCUCACAAACGGAUGGGCGGUCUUCGCGCAUAGCGGCUGGAGAAUAGCCGAGAUCACAGACGAGAUACUGCCCCAGUACUCCAGCUCGCAAAGAGAAGCAAACCCGGUGUCGCAAUUCCUCUCGGCGUAUGUCCCGAUCCCGUUCUUCCUCUUGCUGACGUUCGGAUAUAAGCUGAUCAAGCAGACGCGGAUGACACCUCUGGACGAGAUGGUGUUUUACCGAGGAAGGGUGCCAUCGUUCGACCCGCUCGAAGACGAACCGAAGAACUGGCUGGAGAAGCUCUUGCAGUGGGUCCGCGUCAUAUAG